GCGCCGGGAUCGUCUGCGCUGCGCGGGAGGCUGCGGCGCGGCCCGGUCUCCAUCUCGGCGUGACGAGGCCGGCGCCUAGGCCACGAUGGACAUCAGGCCGAACCACACGAUCUACAUCAACAACAUAAACGACAAGAUUAAAAAAGAAGAACUGAAAAGGUCCCUGUACGCAUUAUUCUCCCAGUUCGGUCAUGUYGUGGACAUUGUGGCUCUAAAGACUAUGAAGAUGAGAGGACAGGCAUUUGUCAUCUUCAAAGAACUCGGAUCAUCCACUAAUGCCCUGAGGCAAUUACAGGGCUUUCCAUUUUAUGGGAAACCCAUGCGCAUUCAAUAUGCAAAAACGGACUCCGACAUCAUCUCCAAAAUGCGUGGGACAUUUGCUGAUAAGGAAAAAAGGAAAGAGAAGAAGAAGGCMAAAACAUUGGAGCAGGCAGCAAAUGCAGCAAAUAAAAAGAUUCUCCUGGGGACAACACAGAAUUCAGCCAAUGCCCCGGGAACUUCCUUGCAGAAUCCACAGGUGCCUGAUAACCCACCAAACUAUAUCCUUUUCCUUAAUAACUUGCCUGAGGAAACAAACGAGAUGAUGCUCUCCAUGUUAUUCAAUCAGUUUCCUGGUUUCAAGGAAGUACGUUUAGUGCCUGGACGUCAUGACAUUGCAUUUGUGGAGUUUGAGAACGAGGCACAGGCAGGAGCUGCUCGAGAUGCUCUACAAGGAUUCAAGAUUACUCCAUCUCAUGCCAUGAAAAUCACUUAUGCUAAGAAAUAGUUGGACAUUCUUCUAAGGAACUUGUGUGGAUGGCUGUUCAACCUGAGACUGCUUCUGAUCAGCUAAAAUGUCUGCUGCUCUCAGCAGAAGAGACAAGACUGUUGUGUAAAAUUACAGCAGCUGUCAGGACAGUUGUAGGAUUUCCAUGGAUCUAGGAGAUGGUA